UGUUACAGACCACUCGUUUUCUUUCUCUUUCCUUUUCUGUCAUCUUCCCAUUUUUUUUUCUUUCUGUUUUCUUUUCUUUCACUUCGAAGAAAACAAAAAUGGCACAAAAACUUUCACUGCAUUUCAAUCAUAAUCUUCACACUUCACUACACUUGAAUCGCCACUUACAUCUUCAUCUCCUCCCACCUUCCCUUCUAAGGAAGAACACUACUAUCCAUUUAACAAACCAAUGCAUUAUUACAUCCUCGAGCCAGAACCGUCGCUUCGAGUUUCUAACAGCUUGCUCAGUUCAAAAUUACGAUGCUAUAGAUGAAUCUGAAGAAAAAGUUCAAAUCAGCGAGGUUUCUUCUAAAGAAGAAGUGAAGGAACUGGUUGAGCAGAGUAUAUGGAUUCAGAUGAAGGAAAUUGUAUUGUUUACUGGACCUGCUAUUGGUCUUUGGUUAUGUGGACCGUUGAUGAGUCUCAUUGAUACAGCUGUUGUUGGUCAAGGAAGUUCAAUUGAACUUGCUGCUUUAGGUCCUGCUACUGUUUUUUGUGAUUAUUUGGGUUACUCUUUUAUGUUUCUGUCGAUUGCCACUUCGAAUAUGGUUGCUACUGCCCUUGCUAAGCAGGAUAGGGAGGAAGUGCAGCAUCACAUAUCUGUCUUGCUUUUUAUUGGGUUAGCAUGUGGCUUGGCGAUGCUUUUUUUCACAAGGUUAUUUGGUGCAACAACGCUCGCAGCUUUUACUGGACCAAAGAAUGUACAUCUAGUACCUGCAGCUAAUAGUUAUGUCCAGAUUCGAGGGUUGGCAUGGCCUUGUUUACUUGUUGGGUCGAUCGCCCAAAGUGCAAGUCUUGGUAUGAAAGAUUCUUGGGGACCCUUGAAGGCUUUGGCCGCUGCCAGUAUUAUAAAUGGAAUUGGUGAUAUAAUUCUGUGCAGAUACUUAGGCUAUGGGAUUGCUGGGGCUGCAUGGGCUACAUUGGCAUCCCAAGUCGUUGCUGCGUAUAUGAUGAGCCAAGCUCUAAAUGAGAAGGGAUACAAUGCAUUUGCCUUCACCAUUCCUUCAGGGAAGGAAUUUCUGUCAAUAUUAAGUCUUGCUGCUCCUGUAUUUGUGACAUUGAUGUUAAAGGUGGCUUUCUACUCUCUACUUAUAUAUUUUGCUACAUCAAUGGGUACAAAUAAAAUGGCUGCUCAUCAAGUCAUGCUUCAGAUCUACAUGUUAUGCACAAUAUGUGGUGAACCUCUCUCCCAAACUGCUCAAUCAUUUAUGCCUGAGUUGAUGUAUGGAGUAAAUCGGAGUUUGGUAAAGGCUCGGUCGCUUCUAAGGUCUCUUCUAACUAUUGGAGCUGUACUUGGCUUGCUUUUUGGGAUUGUUGGAACAUCUGUUCCUUGGUUAUUCCCCUACAUUUUUACACCUGAUCAGAUGGUCAUCCAGGAAAUGCAUAAGAUACUGAUUCCAUACUUUUUAGCGCUAGUGGUCACACCUGCAACUGUUGGCCUGGAGGGAACAUUGCUGGCUGGACGGGAUCUUAGAUUUAUAAGCUUGUCAAUGACUGGAUGCUUUUGUUUGAAUGGUCUAGUAUUAUUGAUCCUAUCUAGCAGAUAUGGUCUGCAAGGCUGUUGGUUUUCCCUUGCUGGAUUUCAAUGGGUUCGGUUUUCAUCGGCCCUUCUGCGCCUUCUAUCUCCCAAUGGCAUUUUAUACUCGGAAGAUAUAAGCCAGUAUGAGCUGCAAAAGUUGAAGACUGCAUAGUUUAGGAGUUCCAUUUUUAGUUCAUGGUACAUUAUACAAAUAGAAGCAUGUUGUCUGUUGCUUGCAAUUCUUGUUAAGUAUGUUACAUAAUAGAUAUCCAUCUUAAUGUCGAUACAAUUCAGUGCUCGGAAACUACAGGUGCUGAGUUGUAUCGGAAACUAAGCGGGGAAAUGGGGGAUGUGGGAAAAUUGAAUCCACCGCCUUGAACAUAUAUCUUCUUUGUGAUCAAGUGUGGUGCCACUAGGGUAUAGUUAUUUGGUAAACCUUUCUACUUUUAUGGUGGCUUUGCCAUUUAGAAAUACUUUUAUGGUGGCUUUGCCAUUUAGAAAUAGAGGAGAGUAAAUAUGUUCUCGUUCUUGGAAUUUGGGUUCAAAAAUGACUUGUAUGGUAGGAAUGUGGUGCAUGUACAAACUAAUUUUCAGAUCAUAUCUAAUAUAAUAUAAACUCAUUCCAUAAAAAUAUAAUUAAUGUCAUUCCAUUCUAUUCCCAUCUACAAUCGAAGAUUUUCAGAGGGUCGCAUCUCACUGAUCAAGUUUCCUAUCAAGCAUCAUGAUUAGUUUAUUUAAAGAUUUUAACUACCCAAGUUGAGAGAGGGGAUCUUCCACUUUUCAGCAGAAUCCAUUGUGAAACUGAAAGCCAAGGACAAUCAAGAGCCUAACACAUCCGCAAUCUCUUCAUUCCAGUUGUUAAUGACUGUAGUUUAGAAAUCUAUAACUCAUGCACGUCAGCUACCAUGUGAAUAGAGAAUGAGUUGCAAGAUGACCAUAGACAACUGAUCAAGAAUGGUACCUCUUCUGCCUAAGGAAUGAUUUGGGAACUUAAUUCACGUAUUGAGUGGAGAAAAGAUGGCAGGGGACUUGUGCAAGAGAAGGAAUACGGGAAUGGCAGAGGAGGAGCAUCACCUGGUUGUUGCAAGCCAUUAUAACAAAGUGAUACUAUGGUCCUGAUUUUUCUGAUACGCUCCGCUAUAGCGGCAGGCACGGCCGCUUUUGACAACAGAAAUUUCAGUAUCAGUACAUCCACCAAAUGGAUCAAUUCUGUGACCUGUAUGCUGUGAUGAUGGAUAGUUUGCUGAGGCUGAGUUCCAUUGUGUUAAAGCCUGGCUAAUUUUUGAGUAGCUUGUAAAUGUUACUAUUCCAUUUAUUUUCUUUUGCUGCUUCCUCUUUCUCUUCCCAGCUCCCAAAGUGAAGCUUCUUCACACAAUCUUUGCAAUACAAUCACUGGCACCUCCUUAUGACUGCUAUGCUUGUCCUAUCACCUUGGACUAAUUCAAGAUAUUCAAUCUUCGACUUUUCUUUUUGAUGUGUCAGAUUAAUAGGAGAGGUGGCAGUGACACACAGGGAGAGAAAUUGUUUCAUUUUGUGUUUUUGUUUGUACUUUGUUGCCAACUGAGUAUUGUUUGUGCACUGACAAGUCCCACAUCGGUCAGAAGUAUGACAAGCAGGCAAGGCUUUGUUAUAAAUUUGGAAUUUGUUCAUUGUUAGAAGCAUACCUUUCUCGGCCUUUUGGCUAAGAUCAAGUGUAGUAUCUGUUCUUAUCAGUUUAAUAUCUGAUAUGUGGACCAAUGGUCCACACGAUAUUAAAUUACUUUUUUUAGGGAGAGAGUCUGCCUAGUAGCUUGCUGCUUGGGCUCUCAA